GCCCUGUUUCCCCUCUUGUCUCUUGUCUACCCUGAGAGCACGAAUCAGGGACUUGGAACGACCAAGAUGAGGGUGGCGUCAAGCUCAUGCUGGUUGAAUGCCGUACUCACAGGCUGCGUAGUGAUGAAGAGUGGCGUGCACGGCUUCAUGGCACCAGCUUUGUCUGGGACACAUGUAAUGGGGAGCACCGCCCAACUCCGGAUGGGACUUGAGAGCCACAAGCCAAGCAAACAGGGACGGCCAGACAUGGCCGCGCGAGCUGUUAGCGUGCCCUUGGCGGAGACUCAGCCGGCAGAGAAGGCGGCCUUCGACUUCGGAGCAGAACCACCGUUCACCCUUGCGGACAUCCGCAAAGCCAUCCCUGCGAAAUGUUUCAAGAAGGACACAUUCCGUUCGCUGUCCUACCUCGCAAGAGACAUGGUGGUUGUGGCGGGCCUCGCUGCUGGAGCCCUCGCUAUCAAGAACCCUCUGGUCUGGCCGGCUUACUGGUUGGCGCAGGGCACCAUGUUCUGGGCGCUGUUCGUGGUCGGACACGACUGCGGCCAUGGCUCGUUCAGCAACAGCAAAAGGCUCAACAGCUUUAUUGGUCAUCUGACGCACUCCUUCAUCAUGGUCCCCUACCACGGCUGGCGGAUAUCUCACAGGACGCACCACUCCAACCACGGACACAUCGAGAACGAUGAGAGCUGGACUCCUCCUUCACGAUCAACGGUGAAGAAAAUGGACUUUGGAGCCCGUAUGGGGCGCUUCAACAAGUGGAUGAUGCUCGUGGUUUACCCGUUCUACCUCUACCUGCGAUCACCUGGCAAGACCGGGUCGCACUUCAACCCCAAAUCUUCCUUGUUCACGCCGUCGGAGAAAAACGACGUCUUGACGUCCACUGCGUGCUACGCCGCGAUGGGGGCCCUGCUCGCUGCUGGGUGUUUCAAAUUCGGAUUCCUCUUCAUGGCCAAGAUAUACAUGGUGCCCUACUGGAUUAACGUGAUGUGGCUCGAUGUGGUCACGUACCUGCACCACACUGACAAGGAGGUGCCAUGGUACCGUGGAAGCGCAUGGUCGUACAUGCGAGGGGGUCUGUCCACUCGUGACCACGACUACGGUAUCUUCAACGAUAUCCACCACAAUAUCGGUACACACGUUGUUCACCACCUCUUCCCUCAGAUGCCCCAUUACCACAUCGUGGAAGCGACGGAGGCCGUGAAGCCGGUGCUCGGGGACUAUUUCGUGGAGCCGGAAAAGUCUGGACCCAUCCCAUUCCAUCUCAUCAAGCGGUUCUUCAAGGGGACAGAGGAGUGCUUGUUUGUAGAAGACGAAGGGGAAACCGUAUACUACAAGAACGACAAGUCGGCGUUUGAAUAAAGUCAGCGCAUCGCCGUUUUUCUUGUUUUCUUGUGGUGACAACGGACGUCGGAAUCAGAAGUUAGUUUUUUUGUUUAGCCGCUCGGCAAACUCCCUAGUCUAGAUGGCUUUUUUCUGUUAGCCUGCAUGCGACCUUUAGAGGAUCGAACUAGCCAGGAUCAUCCUGUGGAUGGAUGCUGUGUAUCGACUUGGCCGAAACAAUUUUCCCUGAGCCGACUGCUCUUUAGUUGUCGUGCUUGUUUUUGCUGAGGCUUGCUUGCAAUGCACGUGUUGCGCUCGUGCAUUGAAUUUUUCGUGGGGGUUUUUGACUUGUCCCCCUCCGAACUGGAUUGGGUAUAGUCUCACGGAGGAUAGGUAGGAAGAUCCAGCGUCGUUCGCCGAAUUGAGCAGCAAUUAGUUUCGAUAGAUGGCAACGACACGUUAGUAUUUAGUGGUGAUAUCCUUAUUCAGCUUGUCUAGGCUAUAUACAAGAUGUCCUACCGAGCUAGAGGUUGAUCACGCAUUUUUUUUUUACUCAAAAGUCAUGGAGAACGAACGCGGUUCUCCCGCUCGAGCAUGAGUCCCUCCAGCCCCCCUUUCACCUUGCCGGCGCGAGUUUUUCUUGCUUAGUGUCACUCGGCUUGGCCAGCAGCGGCCUCCUUUUUUCAACGCAACACAGGGCAGCUGGGGGAGACAGAGGGAGUCUGGAUGCACGGGAUGCAUGAGUGCUGCGCCCUUGCCCCUUUUUAGGGCGCGCGUGCCACACCUGUCGGGCGGGCCGAUUGUUCCUUCCCUGGACAUUGAAAUUCAAUCACCAUCG